AUGGGAUCUACUGUAAUAAUAUUAUUAUUAUUUGCUUUGUUUUAUACGAUGAAAGCAUUUCAACUUCUUGAAGAUGAAUGUGACUUACAUAUCAAAAAAAUCUCACAAAUAUUAGAUAUGCUUAUCGAUAAUGCUACAUAUGAUAAACGUCUAAGGCCAAAACAUGGUGAAGGACCGGUAAAUGUUGGUAUUACGAUACAUGUAUCAAGCAUUAGUGCAGUAUCCGAAAUUGAUAUGGAUUUCACGGUUGAUUUUUACUUAAGGCAAACUUGGAAUGAUCCGCGUCUUGCAUUCAGUCAUUAUCUGUAUGGUAUCUUCGAAAAUAACAUUGAUUCAUUAACAGUUGGCGUGGAUUAUCUGCAGAAAUUAUGGAAGCCAGAUACAUUUUUCCCGAAUGAAAAGAGAUCAUAUUUCCACACAACUACAACGCACAAUUCAUUUUUGCGGAUCUAUCCAAAUGGCAAUGUAUUCACCAGUCAAAGAUUGACUGUUACAGCCACAUGUAACAUGAAACUUCAGUUAUUCCCGAUGGAUUCCCAGAAAUGCAAACUUGAAAUAGAAAGUUAUGGAUACAGCGCAUCGGAUAUCGUUUACUUCUUCAAUAAUUCAGAAAAUUCAGUAUCAAAAUCUAAAUUUGAAUUACCUCAAUUUGUACUCAUCGAUAUACAAGUCGCAUCACGAAAUGUUGUCGUAAGUUCUGGCAACUAUUCACGUUUAACCUUCGCAUUUCUAUUUAAACGAAAUAUGGGAUUCUACAUUAUUCAAGUUUAUCUACCUUCUAUUUUGAUCGUUGUCAUCUCAUGGAUAUCUUUCUGGCUUAAUCGUGAUGCAACUCCAGCACGAGUAGCGCUCAGUGUACUUACCAUACUUACUAUGACUACACUUACUGCAACUACAAAUGCUUCAAUGCCGAAAGUUUCUUACGUUAAAAGCAUCGACAUAUUCCUCGGCUUAUCAUUCAUCAUGGUAUUUAGUUCGUUACUUGAAUUUGCUGCCGUUGGAUAUAUCAGUAAGAGGAUAAAAUUGAUCGAAAAGAAGCGAAAAGAUCUGCAUAGGAAGUUGCCAAAUACAGUACCAGAUUGCUUCUAUACUAUGCCAUCGACAACAGAUAAUGCAAUAAUUCCGCUCUAUCAUCCAUUUUAUUCAUCACGUGAUAAAAAUUCCAUUCUGUACAAUGGUGGUGAAAUCAAACCACCCGUUAUUCUAAAAAAAGGUGAAUGUCAAUGUCCAAUACCUCCACCAUCGCCGACACCAGCAAAUCAUUUGGAGGAAACCACAAAAGAGGGAUAUAUGUUAUUGUUCUGUAUGAUACGGCCUAGUGAAAUUGACAAAUAUUCAAGAUCUAUUUUUCCUUUGUUCCAGAUUUUCCUGGUAUUCAAUAUAAUAUAUUGGUUCUACUACUACAGUAUCAGCAGUACGGAACUUAUGGAUAUAGACUUGAUGUGA